AUGUCGGAUCCUCCUAAUAUGGGUUUACCCAAAGAAGAAGGGCCCAUUGACACCGAUGUCAAACCCGGAACAGGCGCCCGACGUGCCUCCGGUACCGCCAGGCGGUCGCGUCGUAAGAAGGAUGACGACCCCGACACCAAGACCAAGAAGGAGAAGGAACCCAAAGAAGCUAAAGAGAAACCGGCCCGAGCUCCUCGUCGCCCACGGGAGAAGUCAAACAACACUGCUUCUCGGAAAAAGCCCAAGCUAGAACCUGCGGCAGAGGAAACGAGGCCCGCUCCGGUAGACGCCCGAAGCCCUCCACACGCCCCUGCAACGCCUCAACCUGCUCAGCCCGCUCAAUCAACUCAACCUACUCAAAUAGCUCAACCUCAACCUGCUCAACCUCAACAUCCUCAACCUGCUCCAAAUUCAUACUCAAAUUCACACCCUCCUACAGCUCCAGGAGCUUCGUAUCAGCUGUCGCAACCCUCUCGCCCACAAUCGCAAUCGCAACCUCCAGUGCCCCAACCACCACCUCAACGAACCAGCGGACAAAACUUCGACCCCAUUCGCUCUGCGUUUGACAAUCCAUCUCCGGCACCAUCAUAUAGCCCUCCUGCUCGCGCAAUCUCUCCUCGCAAUGCUUAUCGUGCCAGUGCCUCGCCGGCGAUCUCAAGCAUCAUCGACCCACCAGCCCAGAACUCUCAGCCAAUAUACAACACGCUUCAACGAUCCUCCUCUGGCCAUGUAUCCGGCCUCUCUUCACCGGCACCGCCUGCGAUGGUUCCCACGCCCUCACAUCCGUCCUUAGCACCAUCGCCCCUUCCCGUUUCCUCUGCUUCCCGUGGAGCCAUGCACAUCCCGCAGGCCAUGUCGCAGUCCACCCCCUACACCACCCCAUACCCACCUCCCGAGCAGCGGCCGGCACCACCACAGACUCCUAAACUCGAACUGUCUCCGCCGGCGGUGCGCCAACCUCAACCUCCCGCGCAACCCGAGCCCGCUCUGCAGCCGACUCCGCCCAGACAACAACCAGCCGAAUCAAUGGAGAUCGACCCCACAGAGCAGCCCGCACCCAGCGCCAAAAAAGAAAAAAGCACAUCUACUGCACCGGCAUCAAAGGCCUCAUCUCCCAAGCCAGCUCGACCUGCCAAAGAAGCCCCUCAUCUACCUCAAGGAUCUGGCUUGAUCACAAACGCGCUGUUCGGCGGAGGGGAUGAUUCUGCAAAGUCGCCCGACUCGCGUAGCACACCCAACAUCAUCGUUCAUGUUCCGCUACAAAAGGGCAACCAGAUUGUCAACUUUGCACGGCUUGCAGAAGAGCAAUAUGGCUUCGCUGCCUUGCACCCUCGUCUGGCCGCUCACAAAGCGCGCAUGGCUCGUGUGGCAGCUGCCGGGGCCGCGUUGGAACGAAAUGAUAAGAAUGCCAAAGGAAUCUCUGCCGGCGAGAGUGCCGACGAGGACCUGAGCCUCGAUGCGGAACGCGAUAGUGAUAUGGAUGGCGAUGUUCCCAUGGGCGGCACUGGCGCGGGAACCAACGGUGCACCCUCAGAAGCUAGCGAUGGAAAGAAGAAGCGACGCAAGAAGGUCGAGGAAUAUGACCGUGAUGAUCCAUUUGUGGAUGACACCGAAAUGGUGUGGCAGGAGCAGGCUGCUGCCAGCAAGGACGGGUUCUUUGUCUACAGUGGGCCACUGGUCCCGGAGGGAGAAAAGGUCCAGGUGGAACGCGCCGAUGGUACAAUCAAACGUGGCCGUGGCCGUGGGCGAGGAACAGGUCGGAGCCGGACCGUGACCUCGCACCCGCACGUUCCUAUUGCAGCUGCCGUGCCCGUCUCCCAAGAUACUGGCCUGCCAUUACGUGGACCCGGCUCUCGGGGUGGCACCUCGCGCCGUCCGCGAGGGAACAAGAAGACCGAUGGCGGCAGCGACCGCGCUGCUAACGCUGCAUCUGCUGCCCAUGAAGGCCGAGGUGGCCGUGGUGGCGGCAAUGGGACCUCUAGCCGCGGUGGAACUAACAGCUCUCGGGGUGGAAAGUCGUCUAUAUCGAUCCCGAUGCAAGACCUUGCUCCUGCACCAUCGACCCCGAGUGUUGCCCAUGGACCCCCUGCUCCCAGUCCGCUAGCUGGCCCAGAGCUCAUGAUGAAAUAG